GCUACGCCGGCUUUGUCCUUAAGGCGGCGCCAUUUGGCGCUCCCUUCGCGGAGGUAGGGUUUAAAAAGCAGGUAGGGAACAGGAAGGGCUAUCGCGGGCUAUGGGAAAGGCGCUGCUCCGCGCCUUUUGAUCGAAGGGACCUGAAGGGACCAAGCUUGCUGCUGAACUUGGAAGCCGGGUGGUCUUCUGCUCUCUGGUCCCUCCAACGUGGAAGUAUCGCUGCGGCGCUCCGGCUCCUUCUUGCCUCCUGAAAAAGACUUCGCUGCUAGCCGCCGGGCGCUCUCUUCUUGGGAGCCGGGAAGGAGCCCAGCGACGCCGUCGAAAGCAGCCGCCUCGCUGACGCCGCGGUGGGCUUUGGGCUCCUGCAGCCACAGCAGAGAGGCGGGGGGAGCCCUCCGACCAUUCAGUGCUGGAGGAAUCCCGAGAGAGCCCUUCCCAUGGAGGGGGAGGAAGUACGGCGAGCGAAGCAAAGGAGCCGGGAAAGCAGCGUCCAUAGUGUGGAUCCAUAUGGUUUUGAAAGACCAGCUGACUUUGACUACACAACCUAUGAGGAAUUCUUUUCUAGAUACUUAGUGGUACUCACUCGAAGAGCAAUUAAGUGGUCCAAACUUUUAAAAGGAAACACAAGGGUGCAGAAGAACAUAAAAGUUAAACGCUAUAUCAGAAAAGGCAUUCCAAAUGAGCACCGUGCUGAAGUCUGGAUGGUGGUGAGUGGUGCUAGGUCUCACAUGGAUCACAACCCAGGCUACUACCAGAAAUUAUUGGAAGGGGACCAAAACAGCAAACUUGUGGAAACUAUUAUAACAGACAUAAAUAGGACAUUUCCAGAUAAUAUAAAAUUCCGCAAAACUGCUGUUCCCUGUUUACAGAAAACACUCUACAAUGUAUUAGUAGCAUAUGGGCACCAUAAUCCAUCUGUGGGAUAUUGCCAGGGCAUGAAUUUCAUAGCUGGAUACUUGAUUCUUAUUACAAGGAAUGAGGAGGAAUCAUUUUGGUUAUUAGAUGCACUCAUCGGCCGAAUAUUACCUGAUUACUAUAGUCCUGAAAUGAUGGGUCUGAAAAUAGAUCAAGAUGUUCUUGGACACCUUGUGAAAAUGAAGAAUCCAGCUGUAGCAGAAUUAAUGGAAAAACAUGGCAACUUGUGGACUUUGGUGGCAUCCCGUUGGUUUAUAUGUUUGUUCAUUGACAUUCUUCCAGUAGAGACUGUGCUCCGAAUUUGGGACUGUUUGUUUUAUGAAGGAUCAAAAAUAAUCUUUCGCGUGGCCUUAACAUUAAUUAAGCAACAUCAAGAUUUCAUUUUGGAAGCAAAAAAUUUUCCUGAAAUCUGUGAAAAAUUUAAGCAGAUUACUACAGGACCAUUUGUAACUGAGUGUCACAUAUUUAUGCAGAAAAUAUUUACGGAACCUGGAAGUCUGCGAAUGACUACAAUAAACAAACUACGAGAUACGUGUAGAGCAAAUUUGACUGCUUCAGUAUAAAUGAACAUUCCUUCACUUGCUCAGAUACAAUUUUUCUCAGGCUGCCAUUGACACUUCACUAAUUAGCCCCAGCCUUUCAUGUGUUCAAUGGGAUUUUUUUUAUUUAAAAAAAAAAAGCACAAACACUUUAAUUAUUAUGUAAAUAAAAUGUAAUGUAGAUGUAAUCCCUUUUCAACAAAUGGACUAUAUAUUUUCAGACAUUUUUGUAAUAACAGAAUACAAAACUAUAUAAUAAAGUAUAUUUGAAGCUAUCAUU